GGAAGGAACCGGAAACCGCUCCUUCUGCGGUAGGACUGGGCGAUGCGCCUCGGAGAGGCGGGCCCAGGCGUGCGGAGGGAUCCGUGGCGGGGCGCGGCGACGCUCCGCCUCCUCUCAGGCGGGCUUGGCAGCGCGGGCGGCAGUUGCUGUGGUUUCGGUGCUGAGGCGGCUCGGUGCUCACCGAGGCUUGCGGAUCCGCGUCGUGCCGCCGCUUCCCGCCGUCAGUGGGUGCAGCUCAGCGUCGUCCCUUCGGACCGGCGGCACCCACUCUCUUUCGCCGCUAGGGGCCGAUUUCCAGUCCCCGGCCUAGGGUGGCUGCGGGGCCGCGGCUGGCGAGAUGUUUAAGAACACGUUCCAGAGCGGCUUCCUCUCCAUCCUCUACAGCAUCGGCAGCAAGCCCCUGCAGAUCUGGGACAAAAAGGUACGGAAUGGCCAUAUCAAAAGAAUCACCGACAAUGACAUCCAGUCCCUGGUGCUAGAGAUUGAAGGGACAAAUGUCAGUACCACAUACAUCACAUGUCCUGCGGACCCUAAGAAGACACUGGGGAUUAAACUGCCUUUCCUUGUCAUGAUCAUCAAAAACUUGAAGAAGUAUUUUACCUUUGAAGUACAGGUACUAGAUGACAAAAACGUUCGUCGAAGGUUUCGAGCAAGUAACUACCAGAGUACCACUCGAGUCAAGCCCUUCAUCUGUACCAUGCCCAUGCGGCUGGAUGAUGGCUGGAACCAGAUUCAGUUCAACUUAUCUGAUUUCACCCGGCGGGCAUAUGGCACAAACUACAUCGAGACCCUGAGAGUGCAGAUCCAUGCAAACUGUCGGAUCCGAAGGGUUUACUUCUCAGACAGACUCUACUCAGAAGAUGAGCUGCCAGCAGAGUUCAAACUAUAUCUACCAGUUCAGAACAAGGCCAAACAAUAACUGGACAGCAACUAAGGGGAAUAGACUCUGGAUGUGAGUCUUAGUUUAAAAAGGAAACUACAUGGAGACCAUGCAAAAACAUUUAAAUAAUCCACUGUGCUAUGGCUCACUGACUACUGUGUCCUUGUCGUGGACACCAGUGACCAUGCCACAGUUGUGUUCCUUGCAUUCUAAGUUCAGUGGAGAAAAGCAGAGCUUUGAGUGACACACAAGUGCUGGGGUUUCCUGUGCUGCCUGCCCUGGCAUGUGAGAGACACGCUCACCAAACGGAAGAAUUAAAGACGUCCUACAAGGCAGAUUCAGACCAAUAUUUCUUCGUAUAGUUUAUUCUUUCUUUUAUAUAUUAUCUAAAUAUAUGUAUAUGUUGUGUAAUACACAUAAUCUGAAAAUGAAUAAAAUGCUAUAUUCUUGGUUUGUAA